GGAAGGUGCCAGCCAGCAGCAUCUUGGCCAGCGCUCCCUCCGACAAAAACCUGGACGCCUGGCGGGAGUCGGGCUGCCGGACCAUGCAUUGCAACCUGGAGGUGCUGCAGGAGAGCACCCUGGUCUUCCUGGCCACCAAACCCCACAUCUUGCCGGGAGUCCUGCAGGAGAUCCGUCCUGCCGUGGGACCCCACCACAUUGUUGUCUCGCUGGUGGCUGGUGUCCCCCUCCAGACACUACAGCGGCUUCUCCCCGCUGGGACCAAGGUGCUGCGGCUCAUGCCCAACCUGCCGUGCGUGGUGCAGGCAGGGGCGAUGGUCUUCGCCCGGGGCAGCAGUGUCGGUGAUGGGGAAGCCGCCCUGCUGAAGAGCCUCCUGUCCUCCUGCGGGCUCUGCGAAGAGGUCCCCGAAUCCUACAUCAACAUCCACACCGGCCUCAGCGGCAGCGGGGUGGCCUACGUCUACCUGUUUGCUGAAGCCUUGGCCGAGGGGGCGGUGAAGAUGGGCAUGCCGGGCGGCUUAGCCAGCAGGAUCGCGGCUCAGACACUGCUGGGUGCAGCGAAGAUGAUGCUGGAGACUGGGGAACACCCGGCGAAGCUGCGAGAAGACAUCUGCACCCCCGGGGGCACCACCAUCCAUGCGCUGCACCAGCUGGAGAAGGGCGCGCUGCGGGCCACCGUCAUGAACGCCGUGGAGGCGGCCACCAACCGGGCGUGCGACUUGGCCAAGGACUAG